AUGAAAUAUAUUGGCAAGCUGUGCCGCAAGCGCCGCAUCUUCUUCCACACGGACGCUGCACAGGCGGCGGGCAAGAUCCCACUGGACGUCAACGAGAUGAACAUUGAUCUUAUGAGUAUCUCGGGACACAAGCUCUACGGCCCCAAGGGCGUCGGUGCAUUGUAUGUGCGUCGCCGCCCGCGCGUCCGCCUCGAGCCCAUCAUAACCGGUGGCGGCCAGGAACGUGGUCUGCGCAGCGGUACCGUGCCCUCGCCGCUCGUUGUCGGCUUGGGUGCGGCUGCAGCCCUGGGCAAGCGCGAGCUUUCGUACAAUUACGCUCACAUGCAGAAACUGGCGAAUCGCCUAGUUGAAGGCAUCCAGAAGCGCGUCUCGCAUGUAGUGCGCAACGGCGACCCCGAUCACAUGUACCCGGGGUGCGUCAACCUUUCGUUUUCAUUUGUCGAGGGUGAGUCCUUGUUGAUGGCCCUAAAGAACGUCGCACUGUCGUCAGGCUCGGCCUGCACGUCGGCGUCGCUGGAGCCCUCGUAUGUGCUGCGCGCGCUGGGUGCUGAGGACGACAUGGCUCAUUCAUCGAUUCGCUUUGGUUUAGGAAGAUUCACAACCGAGUCCGAGGUCGAUUAUGUCGUCGACAAUGUCGAGGCCCACGUUAACCGUCUACGCGAGAUGAGUCCGCUGUGGGAGAUGCACUUGGAGGGAAUCGAUCUCAAGUCUAUCCAGUGGUCGCAGCACUAG